GAAUUAAACGCAUAAUAUAACCCAAAUUGUUCGAAAUUUUGACGUGUGAAGUCUGACAGUCGCUUUUGGAAGAUAAUCACACUGUUUUUAGUGGUGUUUUUCGGACACUAUUUUAGAAACCAUUAUCGACAGGCUGUAGAGAUAUGUCCCACCCACCUACAUCACCCGCAAAUACACAAAUUUCGCCACCGCGUAGCUCAAGGCACUCUACUCGCCUGAAACAAUUUCUUCAAACCGUUGUUAGGGAUGACCUCCUAAUCGAAUGCCAACUUCUCCUGCUCUCAUUCAGCAUUGGAAUUCAGGAUGCAGCUUCAUUCCCAGACUAUCACUGCUUUGCAUCCAACCAAACGGGAAAUACCGUCCUCCUGGCUGCAGGCGCUGCUAAACUCACAGCGCUCUUCUCCCUUUCCAAUAUUGGCACUUCUCUUUCUAUGUUCGUGCUUGGUGCUUUCCUCCUUGGUCAGCUAGGAAAUCACCUCGGUCCACGUAAGCGCUGGUGGCUAAUCUUGACGUCUGUUUUUCAGACUGCUCUUGUCUUCGCUGCAGCUGCCCUUCAAUAUUCUGGUCCCAAUCCAGUAGAAGCUACUGGCCCAACAGCUCUAGCGGUCCUUUCGCUUUUGGCAUUCAGUUCUGGAGCGCAAGUAGCCAUGGCGAGAGGGCUACAGAUUACAGAAAUCACUACCGCGAUGGCGACCGCUGCUUACGUUGACGUUUUAAUCGAUGAAAAAUUAUUUGUAAAACGGAAUAGAAAGAGAAAUAGACGGAUUGCAUUCUUGUUCAGUUUGUUCAUAGGGAGUUUUGCUGGAGCUUUCGCUUAUAAAGCGCGUGGAAGUGCGUUUGCGUUGGUAGUAAGUGGAGUGGGGAAGGCGGUCGUGUCUAUUAGUCUUGUAGUGAAUAAGGGAAUUGUAGAAUGUAGAGAGAAAAGCGAGACGAGAGGGGAAAUACUGGUGUAAGAUUACUACUUAGGAAUGGUGUUGAAUAGCUUCUGGUGGUUACUGUCCAACAUCUGGCAAUUUACUUGCAGUUUAUGCUAUACGAGCUAUGAACACCUCCAACGGGACUGUAAUGCACCCAAUAGCGAUUGAGAGAGGAAUCAUUACUAUCAUUACAAAUAACACAAAUAUAUCAAAAGCA